AUGGAACGUUUAAAGAAAUUCUGGAAUGAUAUUAUCGGUAAUGAAGUUGAUUAUUCACAAUUCGAAACAAGGAAUGGUGAUACGGAUAUUAUUGUUUUCCGUGAGAAAUCUUCUAAGUUCAUGUUAUUUGGGACCAAUAUUCAUGUCGCAUUGGGCGCAACAAUUGCUGCAACAAUUGGUUUAAUGGUGACAGCCACAUUUUUAGAUUUGAUAUUUGCGCUAUUCUUCGGAUUACCAUGCCAUUAUUUGCUAUUUUACGGGAUUCAUCGAGAAAAUAAAAGGUAUCUGACACCAUUUCUCAUCUUCUACUGCACUAAUUUUGUCCUCAACGUUAUUUUUUCAUCAAUCACUGUUAUUGCUACCAUAAUGGAUGCUCGACAAUUGCUUCGUGGCCAAAUCUUUUAUGAUUUCGGUUGGAUUGUUUUUCAGCUUGGUUUUACAAUAGCUCAAGGUUUCGCAAUUUAUUUGGUAUUACGAUGUAAAAAAUAUUUGAAUGCCAAAGAACAUUGGAAGAAAAUUUCAAAUCAAGGAAUAAAUAAUACGGAUCAUUCGAUCAUUGCUGAUGGUGUAGUUGCGGAUUCAUCUGUUCUUGGUGUUUGA